CUUCAACAAUCAUGGGACAUCAAACUUCAUCUUUCACAAGGACAAAGUAGGGGCAAAAGCGGGCCUCCGCCAGCAUCAGUAAGAUGCAUUUAAGUAUCUCAAAAAGAUGUUCAUGUUGGCAGAACUACAACGCUGAAAUAAAAGAAGAACUACCUGAACGUGAAGAGCCCUCCUCUGCUUUCAGAAACUAAACAUGGACCACUUCGGAUCGAGGGACGUGGCUGGCGCCACUAUACGUCUGAAGACGGAUCCCGAGACGACCUUCUACAAGCUUUCGGAUCAACCGGGCACAGACCCUCUGGAGAAAAAACGAACAUGGAAGCCGAGGAGGAAAAAGGUGAGUUCUAGUGUGUUGUGCCUGGGAUUAUACCUCUAACUCUAAUAGCUUGUCCUUCCCCUGUUGAUGCGCAUUCAAAGAUGCCAUCCUCUUCCUCGAAUUCAAAUCUAAAAUUUCGAUAUGAAGAGUGCAGAGCUCCCCGUACUACAAGUAGAAGUACAAUAACAGAUUAGCUGCGUAGUACAAUAACUUACCCCAAGAUUGGGUAUACUACCACUACUAGCUGCCCAAAGGAAGCUCAGAACAGGUCCGCGCCGCCUACAAAGUCCCUGGGGAGUACGAGGACACAGUUCCAGAAUGGGCCACAUGGAGCGAGCAGUUUGAGAGCAAGACCGAGGCUGCUCUGGCCUCCGUAGAAGCCGAGUUGAUGGGCCAGGAAGCAGGAGAGAGCGAAGAAUUCUACGAACCUUUGGUCCAACAGGAAUACGUUCAACAACAAAUGUUGAGUGUGCAACAUGCUCAGAUUCUGGGGCAGCCGAUGGGCGGAGUUGGAGGAAUGGCGCAGAGUAUGCAAGGGGUUGGACUUGGAGGAGUACAAGCUCAAGCACCGAUGCCUUUGGUAGGUGGAGAUAUGAUGGCUUUACAGGGUAUGAUGCCAGGAUUAAUGACUACCGUUGUUCCUAGCGGUCCUCCAGGCAUGAUGAUCCCUGGUAACGAGCAAUUCUCCGAAAUUUUUGCAGAAAAUCGUAUCGUAAUCGAUCCGACAACUGGAGAGAACAUCGCGGACUUUUCACCAGAAUAUGCUCAGCAAUUGCAGAGCGAUAGGCUUGUGCAGCAACAGAUGCAGCAGCAAAUGGUAAAAAUGCCUCAACAGCAGGAGCCACAAUCUAGCAAUUCGAGAGUUAUCUUAGGCCAACAGCAGGUCCAAGCUGGAGGGAGCAGUAGUUCUACGGCGUUGCCACCUGCAGGAGAGGUUCUUGCAGGAGGUACGACUGCGGUUGGAGGACCAGGAGCACAAAAUGCAGCUAUGGGAGUUAGUGCUAGUCCUCAGCAACAGCAGCAAGCAGUUGGGCAUCAACAAAGAAUAACUACAACUGGCUCUCCGGGACCAGGACAAGGACAGCAACAGCAAACACAGCAAGUAGUAGUUCCUCAGCAAAGUACAACUGGGGCAGCUCCUGGCGUUUCACAAGCAGCACCUGGAAGUGUCCAGGGAUCACCAGCAGGAGCCGGCGGGGUAGUACAGCAGUUGGGUGGAGGACAGCAGGUUGGUGCUGGCCAGCAGUCAGCACCUGGGCAUUUGUCCCCGGGAGGACAGCAGCAGCAGCAGCCACAAAUUCAACAGCAGCAGCAAAAUAUGGCUGCCAAGGAUGCUAUGGCAUUACAGGCGCAACAGCAGGUAGCAGUCCAACAACAGCAAUUGGCUCAGCUCCAGCAGCAGAUGCAGAUGAUCCAGGUCGCACAACCUCCACCGUUGCAGCUGUCCCCUCAGCAGAGUCAACAACUGCAGAAGAUGCCGCCGGAGCAACAAAAACAAGCUGUUCAGCAACUGCAAGCUCAGCAUCAACAGCAAUUUAGGGUGCAACAGCAACAAGCGAUGGUAGCAGUGCAGCAACAAGCUGUGGCGACAGCGACGCAAAUACAAAACAACUCCACUGCUGCAGGAGCACCUAGUCGGAUUAUGCCUGUUGUAGGGAAUUCAUCUCCAAAGUGGUCAUCUGGAAGAGAAAGACAAGAGGCUAUAAAGGGACCCAGCAGAUGAUCCCUGCUGAGAUGAAUUCCCGACGCCUCUAAGCAGAUGUCUACACGAGGACCUGGAAUGGGUAUACAACCUCAAAUGCAGAUGCCAGCAGCUAUGGGAGGUCCUAUGCUGCAAGAGUUCGGCCAACCGCAGCCACCGAGUCCUCAGAAUCGCGGGACUCGCGGAGGUGGCCCGGCUCAACAGUUAGCUUCCCCACAACGUCAACAACAAGGAGCGACCACGAUGGCUCGUGGCUCACCCAAAGCAGGCAAUACCAAAGCAAGCUAUGGAAGUUCGGGUGGAGCAACUGGUGGUCCAGGAGGUGCUUCUGUUUCACCGGCAAAAAAAGGAGGAUCGUUGUUUAGCCAGGUACAACAAGCGAAUAGUCCGCCUUCGCUGCCGCCUCGAGAUCCUGAAGAGCGGAAGAAAUGGGAAAGCGAGCAAGCGUUCAAGGAUAAGAAGAAGGGAUUAGUGGAUAAUGCUGAGGUAUUUAUGGCUCCUCUCCUCUGCCGGUAGUGGUUUGACUCAUUGUAGUAGAUUCUUUGUGGGAGGGUCGAAUGUGUUUCACAGGCUAUUUUUUCUUUUCGGGUUUUUCCUUCCCCCACAACUCCUCUUCUUGUACAUGAAUUUUAAUUUUGUGACCCUCGUGAUCUUUGUUCACCUGGUGUUCCCUUUUCUUCUGAUGAAUGAUGUGUCUUCUCCUUUAGUUCGUUGUCGUUCUCGUCCUCGCUAUUCGUUGGUCAGAAUUGAGGGUCCUUGAUAUUUUCUCUGUCCUUUAAAAUCUUAAUUAAUAGUAAUCCUUGUGUCUUGUUUAUUAUGUUUAUCACGUUUUGCAUUGCUCGGUUUUGCAGCUUUUUGCAUAUCAUUCCGAAAGAAGUCGUCUAGGUCUACAAGUUGCAAAUCGCAAGCGGAAAACCCCUUCGGCGGAAAUAAUCCCAGUAUUUCUCUAUUCCACUUUCUCCACAGAUGAACCGCGCAAGAACCGAUUUGAUGCAAUUCGCGAUCUACGCAGAUGCGGGUGAUGUCAGAGAUCUACAACGUAAGAUUGACGAUUAUAUGGAUUUCGCGAUGCGUCAGGCUUUCGACAGGUGGAACGUCGUAGAUGGGGAAAAAGCGGUGAAGAAUCAGCAGAACAUGAGGUACUGACUUUUCUUGGGAUGAUGAUUUGCUCUUUUUGUUGAUGUAGUCCAGGUUGCUAUUCACCUUGUAACUUGCAAUUACCCGCGUCGAAAAUUUUCUUCUACUGCCUUCACAUGACCACGACUCUCUUUCAGCCUCUCACUCUGACUCUCCACACCAGGACGCAGAUGGUGAAAGCACAGCAGGGUUACUUGCAGGAGCUUCAGUAUCACAGAUAUCGAAAUCAGCAGCAGCAGACUGCAGAGGCGUUUCAAAAGAUGCCACCUGUUGACGGCAAAAUCCAAUCCGAUGCGACCAAGCCUGAAGUCAUCAAAAUGUUCACAGAUGGAAAGACAGGAGAUUUGUCGAUGGAAGAUGGUAAGGCUACCCUAGUAGAGUUUGUGCAUGAAUAACGAUAAUCAGUCCACCGAGAGCAAAGCCACACUAUCACGUUUCAUUUAAAUUCAGUUGUGAAUUCAGGUACUUAAAAAUAUGGAGACUUUUGCGAUCUUCUUGCCUUUGUUGACUUUCCUCUUAUAGUACUAUCACAAUCUCAAUUAUCUAUAGGUUCGCGCGUCAUCCUCUAUGAUGCCAUUACGAUUUUUAGCGAAGACGAACAGGAGUUGGUCCGCAUGAUCAUCGAUGAGCGCGUCCAUCAACUGAUGAUGUACGAUCCCAGACGCAAAAAAGGUGGUUCUCCAGACGAUGACGAAGACAAAGUCUCCCUGGACGAACUCAAUUUCGUCAAGAACGAGCUAAUCUCCAAAGAGUUGAAGAUGAAGACGAUGGAGGAGGAGUUUUCGCGCAAGAUAGUCAGAUUCCAAGACUUAAUAGAAGAGUUGCGUGGAAAAUGCGAAAGACUAGAAUCAGAAUUAGCGGAAAAGGAUUUGCGAAUCCAGCAAUUGGAGGAAGAGGUGGCUGACCUGAAGAUGAAAUCGGAUGAGGCGAGCAUACAAGCGGAUGCAGAGAAAUUCCAGUACUGUAGAUAUUGUUAUUCUUGGCUUGCUUUUUCUAAUACAAAAAUCCUCUUUAUUGGUCCAUCUGAACCUGCAUCGUGAUCGUCCAAAAUUGAAUCUCAUCUUCAGGUUAGAAGGCAAGGUUUCGGAGAAGCAGAUGGAGAUUGAUCUAUUGAAAAAAGAACUCGAGGAGCUCCGAAUGGGUGGCGGAAAUCUCUCUGGUCUCGACGCCGGUACCUCUAUCUCCGGUGGCAACCGUUCGGCUGACGAAACCGAUGCGGAAACCAGACUUAGACGUGCUGAAGAGCAAAUGCGCGCCAAGUAUGAGGAUGAGUUGGCUGAGUUGAAGCAGAAACUCAGAGAUGCGGAAGACAAGAUCAAAGCAGAGGUGGACGCGGCGGCGGCGAAGGCCUAUCGGGAUCAACAGUUAUCGUCGAAGAUGGGAGAGGCAGAAGUGGAGCAAAUGAAGUCCGACUUAGUGGACUUGAGAGGAAAAGUGGAUGAACUGCAGGUACUAUUCUUUCGUCGCAUUUCACUGAUACAGGGAAAGGCUACUGGCUCCACAUUGAGGAAUGAAUUGGAUUUUUUUGUAUGCUCGCUCCUCUGACAGUCGUGACAAAUAGCCCAUAUCCAACUCGAGAUGAAUCUCACUAAAAAACCCAACUUCUCUCACACAGCGUCUACUUGACGAAGAGCGCGGCAAAAACGCCGAGCAAGAGAAGCUCAUCGCCGACUUGCGCAAGCAGCUCCAGGAGGAGAGGGACAGUAAUGAGAUCACCAACAAGAAGCUCAAGGAAGCUGAAGAAUUAGCGUCGAAACUGUCCAAGAAAAUCCAUCAACUAGAACUGGUGGAGCAAGAACUUCUCAAUCAGUUAGCCGAAAUCAACGAGAUCAAGGACGCAGAGGGCACAGGCAAGGCGUUCAAGGGCAUGAUGCGCAAGUUAGGGGUGAACAAGGGUGGCAGCACUAGAUUGAUGAAGAAAGUUUUCGAGCGAUUGUACUACGAUGCGAUCGAACGUAUGGAGAGGUAUGUGCGCUUGAAUCAGCUGAAACUGAACGAACAGCGCAAUAGCUGGGAGAGGAUUCUAGGAGCUAGAGACCUGUACGGCGACAAUUUUUUGCCGAAUGAGCGACCACCUGCAAGUAACCACUUAUUGGACGCAUUCCAGUCGUUGCCGGAUCGAUCUUUGGUCGCGGCCUUGGCGCCAGACGACUACACUUAUCUGUUCGCGGAACCAACGACGCAUCCUGCAAGUCCGUCGCAACUGCGUCAGCACAGGACCAAGCGCAACUUGGUCAUCCCACAGCGGCGUGCACGCUCGGUGUCACCUAACAUGCAUCUGGGUGGCAAUUUCAGUGCCACAGCGGCUUUCUUCGGUACUCCGGGAGCUGCAAAUGCAAUGUCGCCUACGCAGUUCGCGUCCAUGCCGGGGUCUGGAGUGGUUCCUCCUGGUGUGGGCGGGUUUGCUGGUUUCGGUGCUCCUCAAGGAGCGGGGAAGCAACUACCGAACGUCCAUUAUGGCGGUGUCCUAACACAAGAUCCACCGAUUGGAUCGCCGGAAAGGACGAUGUUGGAUAAGUUAGCAGCGAAUCCGUCCUCUACACCUGGAGCAGUGGGCUUGGCAACGAUUAACAUCAAGGGUAGUGGACCGCCUGGACGGGGCAGUGGACUUCGUGGACAGGGAGGUGGAAGUAGACCCUCGUCUAGGCAGUUUUUGGUGGUCGAGCAGCCCGAACCUGCUCCUCAAGUGGGAUUUUUGGGAAGUCCCAGUGCACGAACUUCCACAGGAGGACCUGGAGGACUGCAUCAACCUGCUUCACGCCACAGUCCGAAUUCCAAUAGAACCUUUCUUGGAAGCUAUUCGACCCAGCACAAGGAUAUCAAGCAGAAAGGCAUGGUCCCAGCAAGAAGCACAGGAGAUCAACACUUGUCUGCUCGUACAGCUAUGGCAGUGCAGGUCCCUCAAUUAAGGCUGCCCCUAAUCCAUCUCUCUAGACAUCCCUCAAGCAUAUGCGCCCCAAUACAACUACAGGGGAGAUACUGACGCAUAUGCUUGAGGGAGUUCCACAGGGAUGAAUAGGGGAGAGGUCUAACUCAAGUUCCUGGAAUGAUGAAUAUCAACUUCCUAGGAACGACCGCCAGAAGCGAAACGGAUCAUGAACAGAUGAACUUUGCAACCACGCAGAGUUCGUUUGGUGGCGCGCAGUCGCAGUCUAUCAACAUGACUCAAUGCGGGGCUGGGGAGAACUCUAGUACUUCGUACAUGAUAGGUCAACAGCACCUAGCUGGAGGGCCAGCACAGCAGCAUAUGGGUAAUAUGGGGUCGUCAGCUGAGGUGUUUAUCCCAGGAUCACCGUUGAACGUCGCUGUCGACGCGAUGCAUUCGACUUCUGCUAGUCAACUACCUUACAUAAACCAUAGUUUGCUCCAAGCUGGGACGAUGGCUGGGACUGCGAGAGGCACCACACAUCAAACAGGUUUUGCAACAACAAUGUCGACGAUUGAUGAGGACGCUAGACUUGCGAGUGCGGCAGCUGCUACAGGUGCUGUUCCCCUAGAUGGUCAUGAUAGCGAUCCGAAUUUUGACACAGUAACGCACAAAUCUGGCAUAGCAGGAGGAGCGCUAACAGCGACAACCAGUGGCAGUGAAGCUGUGGGGCCUUAUCAGCAGCCACGACCUCACGCGCAUAUUGCUCAUGGCCACGCGGCAAGCACUAGGAAGAUGCAGCUUAGUGUUACCUCCGGUUCGACAAAAACUGGUGGCGCUCCAGCAAGUAGUGGAGGCGCUUUUUCAACUGCAGGAGGGUCUUCUUCUAGUUCGGGACACCAUACCAUGCGGGCGACGGGGCAACUAGCACCUCUGAAGAUAGUAGAUCGUAGACCAGGUCUAGGUGCAGGCGGCCACAUCAUGUCAGCAACCCAUCACGCAGGGUCGUUGAUUUCCUUGCAGCACAGAGACAGUAUCGUCCACAUGCUCCCAUCUGGCGGCUCCUCAUCGGCUAGCAGGUCAAUGUACAUCCAAGCUGGAGCAGGCCCAACAAACAAGGUGACGAACUUCAACAGAGGCCGACCGACGCCGCAAGGUGCCGUUGCAGCAGAUAGUAUCGGAACGACGAGUCAGGCAGGCAAAGUGAAGGUUGGCUCGCCUCGUGCCCAUCAGAACCAGAUGCGUGGCGAUCACGCAACCUUGAAGAGUCCGCGUGUGACUGGCGGUUUUGAGAGGAGCCCAACGCAAUUGAUGAUAGAUCGCCCAACCAGUCCAACGCGGAGGUUUUUCACUGGAGUGAGUAAUCCGAGUUUAUGGCAGGAGUGAGUACUUCUUAAAAAGAGUUGAUAUUGUACUGAAAAUUGGAUGAACUACAUGUACAUGAAUUUCAUGUGAUUCAUUGUUUAAAUAUUUCAUCUUCAUGUGAUUGUUUAUCAAAGUGAAGCCCUUGUUUCGUUUUCGUUUUCCUUAGAUCUCUUCCUUCCACCUCUAAGACAAGCCCAGCCGGGAGUGGUGAACAUGACAGCUAACGCGAACGUGGGAGACGCACAUUUCAGAGCGUCGCAUCCCAACAGCAGGCUAAAGCAAGGGCCCAAGUGCGAGCACUGCGGAGUCAAGAUGACACACUGAGGAGACGUGGGAGAGGCUCCAGAACGGGUUCCAUUGCUAUUGCAUUCACGAUUUUUCCCGUUCAUUUCAUGGUCAUAGAAAUAGAUAAGAAGAACACAGUCACAUUGAGUUACAGAUAAAUGUCAAAAAUAGAUUCAUCAUCAUGAUCACUAAUCACUUAGACUUUUGAUUUUCAAUAUCAAUCCUCAUUUGAUUCACAUUAUUCAGUUCUACAACAAUCCACACCCACAGCCUUCAAAUUCAUUUCAAUUUCAUGACGACGCAGCUACGACUACAAACACGCCAUUUCCUUUUACAACAUUUAACGCAAGAGAACCAAGACAUAGAAGUUCGUCUUCUUUUACAAUACUUAACGCAGUAGAAACCCCAUUCGUACGAAGCAAUGCACAUUAAGAUUAAGAAGAAGAACCUGCUAGAACUAUAAUACACCGACGACCUCAUCCUCAACAUUCCCCACAAAAAAUAUCACCCAAGUAUUCCAUUUUCGUUUAAAGCCACAACGAAAUUAUCUGAAGAAAUAUGAAAAAUGUAUCGUACUGCUAGGAUAGGAUGAUCGAUUACGAUGUGGAUGUAUGUGCAAGUUGUCUUAACACUAAAAGCAGCGUUUUGUGCUAGAACAAAGCUCAAUCCAUUUAUUCAAAUCUACAUUCAUGAUUUUGUCAUUUGCAUAGGUUGCUCCUCUAAUAUAUUUGUGUCAGUGUCGACCCCAUAUCCGUUGAACCGUAGUACCAAUGUGAGGUGAACAGUGAAGAGUUUGUAGGUACUUAGAUGAUCCGAGAAACAAAAAGCAUCAACUACUUGUCAAGAAAACGUCAAGAAAUCAACAU